ACCUCCCGGGGGUGUCUGCACGGGCUUCCCGCGGUAAAUCCGAUCACCUUCUCCUCCUCCUCCUCCUUCUCGGCGCCUUAGACUACAGAGCCCAUCUUCCCCAGCUUUGCAUUACACGGUCGGGUUGGGGAAUGGUCGUGCGUGCAAAGCGGGGUUUCUUGCACGAUGAAGAUCCUCGCUGGUUGCGUGUGUCGUCAUUUGGUCCUCUUCGGGCCCCGUUGUUUCCAAAACGGCCUCACUCCCCAGUGGUGGAAAAGAGGCCACCAGGUGCUCCGUUCUUUUCAUGGUCCUACCGUUCUGCAACAGGGAGGUAGCCGGACGCCCAGCCUUCUUCGCGGGGUGCAGCCCCGGUGGCUGAGUAGCGUCGACUCGUCUCAGCGCGAUCCAAAGCCACCGUCCAGCUGUGAAAACUCAGAGAAAUUUACCCUGAUUUACCGAUUCCCGGCCAUCAGGUUGUUGAAGCUCUUCUCGAGGCUGAAGGUGGUGCAGACGGGCCUUGGUUUGCUCAUCCUCCCUCCGGUCUGGUUUGUCCACGGGAUAAACCAGGUUAUUUGGGUCACAGGCCUCUUCUUCUCCACCCUCGCCUUUCUAUACGCCAUCAGCUUCUUCCUGCAACGGGUCAUCGGCUUCAUGUACCUGAACGAAAGUGGGACCCUCCUGAAAGUUUCCCACUUGACAUUUUGGGGGAAAAGGAGGAAUUUCUGCUGUCCGGUUGAGUCGGUCGCGACCUUGGAAGAAGAAGGCAGAAAGAGCAACAGGUUCCUCCUGAAGUUCAGACAAUGUGACCAGAAAAAAGUCUUGUAUUUUUCAUUUGUCUUGGGUCAAGUUGUGAAUGAGGAAGCCUUUGCCAAAGUGUUUGGGUGUUAUUCUUAAGAGAAAGAGAGAGAGAGAAAUUUCAACACCCAGAAUGUUUUGCACUGAGGAUUCAUAACCUUGUUAGCUAAAAUACAGAUAGAUAACAGAUAAUCAGAGUUGGAAGGGACCUUGUAGGUCAUCUAGUCCAACCCCCCGCUCAAGUGGGAGACCCUACACCAUUUCUGACAAAUGGCCUGAACUUACAGUCACAAUGGACCCCCAAAUUUAUGUUGUGACACAUUUAUUGAGUUUUGCCUCGUUUUAUGACCUUUCUUACCACAGUUGCUAAGCCUACAACUAGUCUUAAUGCCCCUCCAAUUGUCCCUUCCAACUCUGAUUAUCUGUUACUUCAUUUUCAUCACUGUUGAUGCCAUUGUUUUCAUACACAUAGACAUCUCAGGUUUAGCAAACCAGAUUUAUUUUAUCUUGUCACUUUCCCACUGGGUAGUGAAGUGGCAUCAAAGAAUUACCAAACGGAAUUGAAAUUUGAUCAGACCAGCUCAAUAUAAUGUAAGCGUUUUUGGUAACUUUACUACAUGCUACUAAAAUAAUACCAUCUAAAUUUUAUUUGAAUGCUAUUGGUAUUGUAUUUAGCAGAUUAACGGAGUUGGAAGGGACCCUUCAAGAAGAAUAUGUGUAUUGAUUUUAGUGUUUUCAUGCUACAAGCCGCUCAGAGUCACUUCGAAACGAAAUGGAUGGCAAGUAAAUUUAAUGAAUAAAUAAAAUAAACCCUUCUCACCAAAAUUUUCUUUGAAUGCUGACUUUCUGGGAAUUGGCUUC